UUUCGAAUCCUGUAAGGCCAGCCAACAUGGGGUUUUCACUACCGUGCCUCUCUCAAUCUCUCUCUUUCAUUCUGCUUCUCUUCCAUUUCCAUUCAACAAUUUCAUCUCCACUCUCCUCAAAUUACUCCUCCUCUUCUUCUCAUUUGUGUGCUCAUCGCCAAUCUCUUUCUCUCCUUCAAUUCAAACUAUCCUUCUCCAUUCAGAGUUCUCCUUUCUGGUUUGCUAGAAACUAUCAAUAUGAUCAAUAUCCCAAGACAGGGUCAUGGAAAGAGGGAACAGACUGCUGCUUGUGGGAUGGGGUCACUUGUGACCUGAAAACCGGGCAUGUCACUGCACUGGACCUCUCUUGCAGCAUGCUUUACGGCACCCUCCUUCCCAAUAAUUCUCUCUUCUCUCUCCAUCAUCUUCAACAGCUCGACCUCUCUUUCAAUGAUUUCAACACCUCCCAUAUUUCUUCUCGAUUUGGCCAGUUCUCCAAUCUAACACAUCUUAACCUAAGUGGUUCAGAUCUUGCAGGCCAAGUUCCGUCAGAAAUCUCUCACCUCUCCAAAAUGGUUUCUCUUGAUCUCUCUUGGAACUACGAUCUUGUGAGUGUAGAACCAAUUUCUUUUGACAAGCUUGUUCGAAACCUAACCAAGCUUAGAGAACUCCAUUUGAGUUGGGUAAACAUGUCACUAGUUGUUCCCGAUUCCUUGAUGAAUCUGUCUUCUUCUCUGUCAUCACUCAAACUCGAUGACUGUGGAUUGCAAGGAAAACUCCCAUCCUCAAUGGGGAAAUUUAAGCACCUGCAGUACUUGGGUCUUGGAGGGAACAAUCUUACUGGUCCAAUUCCACAUGAUUUUGAUCAACUCACUGAGUUGGUUUCACUUGAUCUCUCUGACAAUGUCUAUCUGAGUCUAGAACCAAUUUCUUUUGACAAGCUUGUUCGAAACCUAACCAAGCUUAGAGAACUCGACUUGAGUUGGGUAGACAUGUCACUACUUGUUCCCGAUUCCUUGAGGAAUCUGUCCUCUUCUCUGUCAUCACUGAAACUCAUUUACUGUAGAUUGCAAGGAAUCCAUUCACUUAGUAAUCUCAUACAGCUCACUUAUUUAGACCUUUCAGGUAACAAUUUGAACGGUCAAAUCGUAUCAUCACUCGGUAAUCUCACACAGCUCACCUAUUUAGUCAUCUCAGGUAACAAUUUGAACAGUCAAAUCACAUCAUCACUCGGUAAUCUCACACAGCUCACCUAUUUAGACCUCUCAGGUAACAAUUUGAUCAGUCAGAUCCCAUCAUCACUUGGUAAUCUCACACAGCUCACCUUUUUAGACCUCUCAAAUAACAAUUUGAGCGGUCAGAUCCCAUCAUCACUUGGAAACCUUGUUCACCUUCGUUCCUUGUUUCUCGGUUCCAAUAAAUUUAUGGGUCAAGUUCCAGAUUCUUUAGGUAGCCUAGUCAAUCUUUCAGAUUUAGAUUUAUCCAAUAAUCAACUAGUAGGCUCUAUUCAUUCUCAAUUAAAUACCCUUUCAAAUCUACAAUCUCUAUAUUUAUCCAAUAACUUGUUCAAUGGAACAAUACCAUCCUCUUUUUUCGCUCUUCCUUCUUUACAAAAUCUUGACCUUCAUAACAAUAAUCUCAUAGGCAAUAUAAGUGAAUUCCAACACAAUUCUUUGAGAUUCCUUGAUUUGAGCAAUAACCACUUGCAUGGUCCGAUCCCAAGUUCGAUUUCCAAUCAAGAGAACUUGACAGCCCUUAUUCUUGCGUCCAAUAGUAAAUUAACAGGUGAGAUUUCUUCUUCUAUUUGCAAGCUGAGAUGCCUUCUAGUCCUGGACUUGUCCAACAAUAGCUUGAGUGGUUCUACGCCACUAUGUUUGGGGAACUUCAGCAACAUGCUCUCAGUAUUGCAUCUUGGCAUGAACAAACUUCAAGGCAUUAUCCCUUCAAUAUUUUCAAAGGAUAAUAGCUUGGAAUAUCUCAACCUCAAUGGAAAUGAAUUAGAAGGGAAAAUACCACUGUCUAUCAUCAACUGCACAAUGUUGGAAGUUAUUGAUCUUGGCAACAAUAAGAUUGAGGAUACAUUUCCCUACUUUCUAGAAACGCUUCCAGAGCUGCAAGUUCUUGUCCUAAAAUCCAAUAAACUCCAAGGUUUUGUGAAGGGUCCGAUUGCAUAUAAUUCCUUCUCUAUAUUACGGAUUCUUGACAUCUCUGACAACAAUUUUAGUGGGCCAUUGCCAACUGGGUAUUUCAAUAGCCUUGAAGCAAUGAUGGCCUCGGAUCAAAACAUGGUUUACAUGGGGACAACAAAUUACACUGGCUAUGACUAUUCCAUAGAAAUGACAUGGAAAGGUGUAGAAAUUGAGUUUACGAAGAUCCGAAGUACUAUCAAAGUACUUGAUUUGUCAAAUAACAAUUUCACCGGAGAGAUUCCAAAAGCGAUCGGAAAGCUUAAAGCACUCCAUCAGCUCAACCUUUCUUAUAAUUUCCUUACAGGUCAUAUCCAAUCAUCAUUAGAAAAUUUGAACAAUUUGGAAUCAUUAGAUCUAUCUUCAAAUUGUUGGUGGGAGAAACCACUGGUGGUGGCUUUGAACCACUCGGAGGGGAUAAAACACACUGUUUUAUUACAAGAACAGAAGCUUACAAUUAAUUAA